AUGAUAGUUGAGACAUGGCUUGAUAAUUCUAUAAAUACAGAUGAUUUAUUAUUUCCGAAUUAUCAAACAUCUAGACGAGAUAGAGAAAUAGGUCCAAAUGGUUAUGGUGGAAUUCUAGUGUACGUUCGUAAAGUUGCUCAAAGAUACAUGCAAUUAGAGAAACAAAACUUUGAGACAAUGUUUUUUAAAAUAAAAUAUUCAAAAUAUAGAACAGUGUUCUUAGCUAUUUGUUAUCGGCCCAAGUGGGUUAAUGUCGACUCAUUUACUAAUCAUCUCGAGGAUGUUAUUGAUGAAGUUAGAACUGGUGCUGGUUAUCAUUUUAGUGAUUUAAUCUUCAUAGGAGACUUUAGCGGUCAUUGUAAGUCAUGGUACCCCAACUCAACCAAAGAAACUACUUCAGCAGGCUCGCACAUAUAUCAAUUUGCUAAUAAAUCAGCACUACUUCAACUAGUUGAUAAAGCGACGCGACCUAAAUCAGAUACAUGUUUAGAUCUUAUUUUUGUCGACAAUUUAACAUGUAUACAAUCAAUAGAGCUACUCCCCCAAUUAUGUAGUACAUGUGAUCAUUUAAUCGUUAAGGCCAGAAUAAACUGUUCUUCGGAACCUGUUCUAGAAACUCCGCGAGUCAUGUAUAAUUAUAAGGAUAGUUAUAAGCUAUGUGAUAAAAAUAAAGCGUUUUAUCGAUAUCAACGAAACAAAAAUGAUAAAAAUUUUCUUUCUUAUAAAGAAAUAUCUAGGUCGUUUGAAAAGGAAUGUAAUACAGCAAAAAAUCACUAUUAUAGACAAAUAUCUGUUAAUAUAAGUACAAAAUCAAAGAGAUGGUGGACACUUGUCAAACAUUCUUUAGGUCGUACUAGUAAAUCAUUAAUUCCUCCUAUUCGAUCUUCCUCGGACAAACUUGUAAGUAAACCCAAUGAGAAAGCUGAUGUUCUAAACGACCAUUUUGCUUCUAUGUGUACGAUGAAUAGUGGGAUGGUUAUUGACAUACCCAAACCAAUUAAGACUAGUAAGACUAUGAUGUAA